AUGAGAACUCUAAAUGUAUUUGAAUUAAAUUGUUUCUCUAGGAAUAAUAAUUCAAAAUAUUUGACUGUCAACUUUGGAACUGCAGUAAAUAGACCAUAUAUGACACAAAAAGUCCAAAAGAUUGUUUCUCAUGAAAAUUAUAAAAGUCCUGGGGUUCUUCAUGGUAUUGCUGUGGAAUUGGCUGACGAAGUGUCUUUCACAAAGUAUGUUCGUACAAUUUGUCUUCCUGAAGCCAAAAUGAAACUCUCAGAAAAUGACAGUGUUGUCGUUACAGGAUGGGGAACACUUCACAUGGGUGGUCCCCAUCCAGUUAUACUCCAAGAAGCUUUUUUGAAGAUUAUUGACAACAAAAACUGCAAUGCCCCAUAUGCAUUAUCUGACAUGGUAUCUGAUACAAUGCUAUGUGCUGGAUACAUGUCAGGAGAAGCCGAUGCCUGCCAGCAUGAUUCUGGUGGACCACUAGUUUAUGCAGACUCCACAAAUAUCUGGCAACUUGUUGGAGUAGUAAGCUGGGGAGAUGGAUGUGGUAAAAAGAAUAAGCCAGGUGUCUAUACACGAGUGACUUCUUACCGUGAUUGGAUUGCCUCCAAGACUGGACUCUGA